AGGCAGUCUGUAAGAAGCCACACUCCUGCUGGAGAGGAGAAUUCCCGAUUUGAAGACUGCUUAUGUUAGUUGCACUGAAAGCGCUCCUCCUUCUGGAGGAUUGCCUGUUUAUUAUAUAUUGUGCUCGACUUAAAAAGAAAAAGAAAAAAAAAAAAGGAAGACCUAUGAUGGCAGAUUACUGGAAAUUUUGCUUUGUACAUGGGAAGUGCUUUGACUAAAUGUAGUAACAAAAGAUAAAUAACUCUUAGCCUCCAAAGCUAAUGGCAAUGUGCUUAAGGAUUUUCUACAGUAAGUGACUAGCAGAAAUGUGGAGCAUAUAACACCGAGCAGGGAAAAGGAAAGAAACAAGUGUGAAAACUGGCAGAAGAUUGCUCUCCAUAGUACAGAAGCAGCAAGUACUUUCUCAAGCUGUGACUUUAUAGUCUCUCUGCUGUGAGCAUUUCCCCCCUCAGAGUGUCUACACCUGACUGGAAACAACACUGGUCAAGAAAAUGACACACUGCCAGAUCUGUUGUAAGCACUUCUCAACUGUGCUAAUGGUCCUUCUGUGUACCUGAAGCAUCAAAAUGGACUAAGUUGGUUAACCCUUUGGCUCUUUGACAAGAGUUUUCCUGAUGGGAUAUAUGACUCUCCUGGGGCUACUCAAACAAGUCAUCACUGCAAAGGCAAUGACAGGCUGGCAGAAACAGUGGUAUUGUUUGCAAGCAUGUCAUCCUAUGAUACAUAAGCUCUUUAAAAGCCGCUUCUACUGAUUAGACCAUAAUGCAAGUGUGACAGAAGAACCUGGAAAAUGAGUUUCUUUGGUGACGAGAGGAGUCCCUCAAACACAAGUACAGUGUCCAUUGUGCCCUUGGAGGUGUUCAUGCCAGAUCUGCCCUAUGGGAAUGGGAAUACCUCCAGUUUCUGCAACAAGACCAUGGAUGCGGAGAAACUCUGUAAUCUGUCAUGUGCUGAGAACUUGGCACCACCAUGCUUUUCAGUGAAGAACUGGUCGGCCCUGCUUACUGUGAUUAUAAUCAUUUUGACCAUCGCCGGCAACAUCCUUGUGAUUAUGGCUGUGUCACUUGAGAAGAAACUGCAGAACGCGACAAAUUAUUUCCUGAUGUCACUUGCCAUAGCUGAUAUGCUGUUGGGUUUUUUGGUGAUGCCAGUCUCCAUGCUUACAAUACUCUACGGAUAUGUUUGGCCCCUGCCUUCUGAGCUGUGCUCAAUCUGGAUUUACUUGGAUGUACUGUUUUCAACGUCCUCCAUCAUGCAUCUCUGUGCUAUCUCCUUGGAUCGAUACAUAGCCAUAAGAAAUCCCAUUCAUCACAGUCGCUUUAAUUCAAGAACGAAAGCCUUCAUGAAAAUAGUUGCUGUUUGGACUAUAUCUGUUGGUCCUGCCAUUUUGCAUGGUUCAUUGAUAGCAGAAGUGUGA